CCGCCCCUGGGCGCGAAGGGGCGGUGCGCUCCGCUCAGCGCAGAGUGCGAUUGGGCAGCUGUGUCAUGUGACCCGGAGCGCCGCGCUGAUUGGCUGCAUCCGGUUACUUGGGAGACCAGGGGCGGGUGCUGAUGGGGCCAGUGUCCGCCCGACAGGAAGCUGCCCGCGCGGGCGGACUUGCCCAGCCUCCCGGACUGUGAGCCUGCGAGCACGGUCUGCAGAUGGGAGCCAGGGUCGCUGAAGAUGCGGGCGGGCCCGGGCCAGACGCCGGCUCCGGCGAAGGAGCUCUUCCAGGAUGCCGCCUUUCCCGCCUCGGACUCUUCGCUCUUCUCCAACUUGUCCACACCACUGGCCCAGUUCCGGGGGGACAUCACGUGGAGGCGGCCCCAGGAGAUCUGCGCCGAGCCCCGGCUGUUUCCAGAUGACCCGCAGGAAGGACGAGUGAAGCAAGGGCUGCUGGGGGACUGCUGGCUUCUGUGUGCCUGUGCCGCCCUGCAGAAGCACCGCCACCUCCUGGAGCAGGUCGUCCCUCCAGGACAGCCGAGCUGGUCUGACCAGACGUACCGUGGCUCCUUCACCUGUCGGAUUUGGCAGUUUGGACACUGGGUGGAGGUGACCAUAGAUGACCGUCUGCCUUGUCUUGCAGGGAGACUCUGCUUCUCCCGGUGCCAGAGAGAGGAUGUGUUCUGGCUCCCCUUACUGGAGAAGGCCUGUGCCAAGGUCUAUGGGUCCUAUGAGCACCUGUGGGCCGGGCAGGUGGCGGAUGCCCUGGUGGACCUCACUGGAGGCCUGGCGGAGAGGUGGAACCUGAAGGACUUGGCAGGCCCCAGGUGCCAGCAGGAGAGACCCGGCAGCUGGGAGCCCAGGACCUGCCGGCAGCUGCUCCGCCUGAGGGGCCGGUGUCCAAUCAGCUGCUCAGUGUUCAGCCCCAGAGCAGGUGCCAGGGAGCUGGGGGAGUUUCACGCCUUCAUCGUCUCGGACCUGCAGGAGCUCCGGGGACAGGCCGGCCAGGACAUCCUGCUGCUGCGGAUUCAGAACCCUUGGGGCCGACGGUGCUGGCAGGGACUCUGGAGAGAGGGGGGUGCGGGAUGGAACCAGGUGGACCCAGAGGCCCAGUCCGAGCUCCUGUCCCAGCUCCAGGAGGGGGAGUUCUGGGUGGAAGAGGAGGAGCUCCUGAGGGAAUUCGACGAGCUCACCGUGGGCUGCCCAGUCACUGAGGCUGGCCACCUGCAAAGCCUCUACACAGGGAAGGUGCUGAGCUACUCCCGGGCACUGCCUGGGGCCUGGAUCAAGGGGCAGUCGGCCGGGGGCUGCCGGAACAACAGCGGCUUUCCCAGCAACCCCAAGUUCUGGCUGCGGGUCUCAGAGCCCAGCGAGGUGUACGUUGCUGUCCUGCAGAGACCCGGGAUGCGCACGGUGGACUGGGUAGGCCGGACCCGGGCACAGCGGAGCAGCGACCACCCCCUGGGGAGCCCAGCAGGCAUCCCGGGCAGGGACUACCAGGCUGUGGGCCUGCACAUCUGGAAGGUGGACAAGCGGCGAGUCAGCCUCCCCAGGGUCCUGUCCGCACCACCCGUGGCCGGCACCCCCUGCCACGCGUACGACCGGGAGGUCCACCUGCACUGCGAGCUGCCCGCGGGCUGCUACCUGGCCGUGCCCAGCACCUUCCUGAAGGACGUGCCUGGGCACUUUCUGCUCCGAGUCUUCUCCACCGCAAGGGUGUCCCUCAGUGCUGUGAGGUCCACGGCCAAGAGCACUGGCCCCGGGACAGCCCUGCCCUCCGGAGAGUGGGAGACCGUGCGGCUGCAGGGCUCCUGGACGGCUGGCCAGACUGCAGGGGGCAGCAGGAACUUCGCCUCCUACCCCACCAACCCCUGCCUCCCCUUCUCUGUGCCCGGAGGCAGCAGCCCCCGCUGUGUCCGCAUCACUCUGCACCAGCACUGCCAGCUUGGAGACAGCGAAUUCCACCCCAUCGGCUUCCAUGUUUUCCAGGUCCUGGCGGGCAGCGUGUGUGAAGACGCGCCCUCCCUGCUGCACCAGGAGCCGCUGCUGAGCUGCGUGCCACAUCGCUAUGCCCAGGAAGUGAGCCGGCUCUGCCUCCUACCUGCGGGGGACUACAGGGUGGUGCCCUCCACCUACCUUCCGGACACCGAGGGGGCCUUCACUGUGACCAUAGCCACCCGGAUAGACAGGCCAUCCAUCCACAGCCAGGAGAUGCUGGGGCAGGCCCUCCAGGAGGUGCGUGUGACCCCCACCACGGCCGGCACCCACCGCGGGUAGCCUCUGCUGGGACAUGAGGCACCCCGUGGAGUCCCAGGGCAGAGCCUCCAGGGGUGUGGGCUGGGGGGUGUGCCCUGUGGAGGGCAGCAGGUACCCGGACCCCUGUCUCUGCCCUGCAGGUCUCCGUCACGGCAGUGAUGAGAACCUGAGUGGACUUGGGUGCUGCUGGGGCCGCCAGGCUCCCGGUGCAGCACUGGCCGAGUCCGAGCCCUCGCUCUGAGUGACAGUGGCUGGUCUGGGGGUCCAGGAGACGCACCCCGUCCUGCAGACGUGCAGCCCAGGGGUCGAGCAGGCCAUGCAGCACAGACAAGAACACUCAGCUGCAUCUUCGUCACUGGCUGGAAGGACGGAUUCCGAGCCCCGGGCCGCAGUCCCUGGUCCCGAGAACUACCCAGUCUCCCAGAUCCUCUCGCCGACCUAAACAGUGGCCUUACGCCGGCGGCAGCACAGUGUGACGGGGCUUGCUCGAGUGUCGGUGUUUCUUUUUAGAGUACCUUCAUAAACAGACACGAUCUUAGA